CCUUGCUAACUGAGCACUAACUCUCUCCUUGCGAGCUUUUCCUGCAUUAACAAAAUGACAAUUUCUUUGAUUUGGGGGAUUGCUGUGGCAGUGUGUUACUGCAUGUGGCUCGUCUUUGGAACAAGGAGAAGGAAAGUUGGUGAACCUCCUUUGGAUAAUGGGUUGAUUCCGUACCUUGGCUGUGCUCUGAAAUUUGGAUCCAACCCUCUAGAGUUCCUGAGAGCAAAGCAAAGGAAGCAUGGUCCUGUUUUUACCUGCAAACUAAUGGGAAAAUAUGUCCACUUCGUCACAGACUUGUUGUCAUACCAUAAGGUGUUACGUCAUGGGAAAUAUUUGGACUGGAAGAAAUUUAAUUACACUACUUCUGCAAAGGUGUUUGGACACAGAAGCAUUGACCCAAACGAUGGAAAUACCACAGAAAACAUAAACAGCACUUUUAACAAAACCCUCCGAGGAAAUGCUUUGUGUUCACUCUCUGAAGCCAUGAUGCAAAACCUCCAAUCUGUCAUGAGGCCCCCUGGCCUUUCUCAAUCAAAGAGUGCUGCCUGGGUCACGGAAGGGAUGUAUGCCUUCUGCUCCCGAGUGAUGUUUGAAGCCGGGUAUCUAACGCUGUUUGGCAGAGAUGUUUCAAAGGCAGACGACACACAAAGAGCGCUUAUUCUAAACAACCUGGACAACUUCAAUCAAUUCGACCAAGUCUUUCCGGCGCUGGUGGCAGGCCUCCCUAUUUACUUGUUCAAGACCGCGUACACAGCCCGCGAAAAGCUGGCUGAGGACUUGAAGCAGCAGAACCUCUCUGUGAGGGAUCAAGUCUCUGAACUGAUCAGUCUGCGCAUGUUUUUCAAUGAUACUCUCUCCAUCUUUGACGACACAGAGAAGGCCAAGACCCACCUUGCUAUCCUUUGGGCAGCUCAAGCAAACACCAUUCCCGCAACCUUCUGGAGCUUAUUUCAAAUGAUCAGGAAUCCUGAAGCAAUGAGAGCAGCCUCUGAAGAAGUGAAUAGAGUAUUGCAGUGUGCUGGACAAAAGCUCGGCUCUGGAGGGAAUGCCAUUCAUUUGGAUCAAAAGCAGCUGAAGAACUUGCCGGUGUUAGAUAGCAUCAUCAAGGAGGCUCUGAGGCUUUCCAGUGCAUCCUUGAAUAUUCGGACCGCUAAGGAGGAUUUCACUCUACACCUUGAGGAUGGUUCUUAUAACAUCCGAAAAGAUGACAUCAUAGCUCUUUAUCCACAGUUAAUGCAUCUGGAUCCUGAAAUCUACCCAGACCCUUUGACUUUUCAGUAUGAUCGAUACCUUGAUGAAAAUGGGAAGGCAAAGACCGCCUUCUAUAAAAACGGAAAGAAGCUAUCGUGUUCCUACAUGCCCUUUGGAUCAGGAGCCACAAUGUGUCCUGGAAGACUAUUUGCUGUCCAAGAAAUCAAGCAAUUUUUGAUUCUGAUGCUUUCAUAUUUUGAACUGGAACUUGUGGAGAGUCACAUCAAGUGUCCCCCUCUAGACCAGUCCCGGGCAGGUCUAGGAAUUUUGCCACCAUUAAAUGAUAUUGAGUUUAAAUAUAAACUAAAACAGUAUAAUAUAUGAUUGGAAGACAAGUUCACUGGGUGAUGUUACUGGACCGCAAAGAGUCAUCACUAAACAGGCCUUUGUGGAAAAUGGUCGCUGAUGUUCCCUAGGGAAGGGUUGUAUCAGUGACAAGAACUGGCUCCCAAAGGUCCCCACCCUUUCUUCUUACUUCCUAAGUUCCCGGGUGUCCCAGGGACCGAGUCAUCACUUUCAGUCACAAUGUCUUUUGUUUUUAUUUUCAAAAUGAAGAUAUUCUAAUUGGCAGGAUUUUUUUUCCUAAGGAAAUUGCUUCAUUUUUUUUUUAAUGAAAACUACUGAUUAAUCGUGAAAAGGCUUCAAAUUCAUGUUUUAGUGAAAUGAUUUUUUCACUAGUGAAGUUCUUCAGGUGUGAACAUAUAUUUUGAAAAGAUUUUAAAAUAUCAUAUUAUGCUUUGCCUAAGGGAAAAGGAAAAUAUUGUUCAUCUUUUUCUAUGUCUAGUGGUGAGAGCUUUGGAAAUGAUGCUACUCUUCUGGAAACAUUAUGGGGAGUUUUGACACAUUCCUGUUACAUUUUAAUUCAUCAUUGCUGGAUAUUCUCAUUCCAAUUUUUAGCUAUAUCAUUCCCCCUCCCCUUUUCAUUCAUACCAAUGAGAAGAGUAUUUUUCAGAGAUUAAAAAGACACCUCUCAGAACCUCAUUCCUUAGGCUCUUAAGCCUUUAAUUCCAUGAAACAGAGGCAGGCAGAUCUCUGUGAAUUUCAAGCUAGUCUGGUCCAUGUAGUGAGCUCCAGGGAAGGAAGGGCUAUAGAAUGAGACCCUGUCUCAAGAAAAGGUCAAUUUUUAGUCAUAGUUGAUUUUGAAUCAACAAAGGAGAGAAAUUUAAAAUAAGAGCUCUGAGGAAAUGGCCAUUAAAAAACAAACAAAAACAAACAAACAAAAACUUUAGCUAUGUAGUAUGUGGAGUCACUAAGUGUAAUUUGACAUUAUGUGUUCUCUAAAAUUUUUUUAUGUUGUAUCCCUAAAUGCCUUGUAGAUGAAGAACAAUAAUUAAAACCUAAACAACAGUGUUUAAAUACUGAGUGCAAUAAUGCUUUGAAAAUGUGCUUUAGGGGAGUUAUUAGCUGUGCCAUUUUUACUGAUAACAUAUUUAUAUGUAAAUUAUAUUUAUCUUUUUUCUUGUACUGUGAAUAUAAAAAUAUUGUAACAUUUACUAAUUUUUAAAUUACCCACCUUUCAGAAAUGAACAUAUGAAUGUUUGUGUUUUAAAAUUUGAAACAGAACUCCAAUAAUUCUGUUUGCUCCAAUAAUUCUGAUAUGCUCCAAUAAUUUUAUCUUAUUUAUUUAAAAUAUUCAUAUUUUUAAGAAACCCAAAAUAUUCAAAAUAAUCUUUCACUCAAGAGACUCCCUAAGAUUACAGAAAAUUCAGUAAAAUGUUUUUGUCUGUGGAGACUGAAGCAGAGUCUACUGGAUGCUAGGCGGGUGUCCAAUCAGGAACUCUAUCUCCCGAUUUUUAUAGUUUCCCGAAACUAUAAAAACCUUACUGCUAAACAUUAUCAUGGAGUUAUUAUCUAAGCAGGAUACUUUUCUUUUCUAUUUCACAGCAACCUAGGCUGGAUGUAACGCUCCACACAGCUUGAGCAAACUUUGAACUCACUGUACUUCUGCCUUCCUCUUUUGAGGAAAUUAUUUUACAAAUCAAGAAAAGUAAAUUGUUUAGAUGAAGUACAAGGGUAAAACAUUCUGUUAUAUACUAAUCUGUACUGGUGUGAAUUUCUAAUGUGUUUUUUGAAUGAGUUUUAUAACUCUCUGAAUUGAAUGCAUCCAUAAACUUUUCCAUGGCUUUUUAAAAGUGUAUUUUUCAUACACAGAAUAAAGGGUUUCAUGACGA